GAUACAUAUACAAACUGAUAGGCGACUUGUAAAUCGGCAGUGUUGCGGUACACGUUGACUGGACUACGACUAUAGUUAGCGUCAAAAAUGGGAACUGACAUCUCAAUGAACUGGUUCAGAUACGGGAUGGUCGGGCAAAUAUUCCCGAUCAAUAAUGAUAAAUGAAUGCCAUCGCAAUUAUAACACGGAACAUUAUGCGUUUAUAUUUUGGCAUGGCAGUAUCAGAUUGAGUCUUUUUAGAUUGCUAUUAACAAAUUCUGUGUUUGUCAAUCUUAUACGAGUUUAAGAUUUACAUAUUUAUUUAUUUUUCUUUAAUUUCAUUUUUGACGUUUCAUUACAUAAGACAAAGACAGUAUAAAUAAAUAUUUUCAUAUUGUUUAUCAAAAGCGUAAUCUGCUUAUUAAGUUACGGAGGAAUUUUAAAAUGAUGUCACAAGAGAUUGAUGGUAGGGAAUCAUCAAUCUCGCCAACAUUUAAAACCUCCAUCAAAAACCUUGAUUCAAUUUCGCCAACAUUUAAAGCCUCAAUCACAAAUCCUGAAGUGCUACCCAACUUUGUGUCGGAGCCAGACGACAAAUGUAUAGUCUGUCAGUCGCUGUUAUGGAAUGCCUUCCAGCUACCGUGUGGACAUCACGUUUGUCAGACCGAUAUCACUGCUCUCUUCAGAGACAAAGACACGGACGUUUGUCGUGUGGAAGGCUGCCAUGAUGCCUUUUCAAAGAAUGACGUUUUUCCAGAUGCAUGUAAGCGACGUGAAAUAUCAAACCUAACUGUUUACUGUUCGUACAAGGAUCUGGGUUGUCCAACAGAAAUAUCUUGGAGGAAUUUGCCGAAUCAUGAAGCAUCGUGCACUUAUCGAGGAAAGAAAUGUGAUAAAUGCGGCCAGGCAGUCUUACAGUCCGAGAUAGAGUCACACAUGUCAAACCUAUGUGAAUAUAGAGAAGUAUCCUGUCACUACUGUUCAGAACCCAUCUGUUUAACGGCAAUUGAGGAUCAUAAAUCGGAAUGCAGGCGUUUCCCAUUGAGCUGUCCCAACGAAUGUGGAAUUCACGAAAUACUACGAGAGCAGAUGGACUCACACUUGGAUCAGUGUCCACGCAAGAAGAUCGCGUGUACAUUUGCCAAGUAUGGCUGUGAAAAUAAAGGUACAGAAACAGAAAUGACCACCCAUAAGAAGGAGAGUGUCUCUGUACAUCUUGACAUGCUGGUAAAACCAUUAAUCAUCCCAAAUCAGCAGAACGAACCGCUGUCUACGAAAUUGAGCGAAUUGGAAAACAUGAAGAAUACAUUGGACAAUGUCAUUCAAGAAAAUGCAAGGAUCCCCCAACUCGUCGAAGAAAACAAAAAACUACAAAAAGAGGUUCAACUUAACAAAACAUCAAUUCAUGAAAUGAAGAAGUAUCUGGCCAGCAAUGGAGAAAGGGUUAUACAGACAGGACGCCGACUUGAAGACAAAGCGUCCGUGGAGUCUGUUGAUACACUCAAGAAUGAAGUCACGGUGAUGAAGGAAGCAUUGCAGACAUCCAAUCAGAGAAUGACCAACAUAGAGCGUGCGGGGGUGGUUGUAGGUGGUGCUGGGGGUGGAAACUCUAAAGUUAUACAGCAAGUAGAAAAGCAGGUUGGACAUAUGGAUAUCCGACUUUGUGAAUUAGACCUGAGACUUCAGCUGCAAGAAACAGUAAACUACGAUGGUGUCUUGAUGUGGAAGAUCCGAGAUUACAGUCGAAGAAAACGUGAGGCUGUUUCUGGGAAAACCCUGUCGUUAUACAGUCAACCGUUUUACACCAGUAGGUAUGGAUAUAAGCUUUGUGGACGGAUCUAUCUGAACGGUGAUGGGACCGGGAAGGGAUCUCACCUCUCAUUUUUCUUAGUUGUGAUGCGAGGCGACUUCGAUGCACUUCUGCCUUGGCCUUUCCAGCUACCCAUUUCUAUGAAACUCCUAGACCAAAACGGCACCUAUCAACAUGUCAGCGAACAAUUCAUGCCUAAUGCGAGUAGUGGCAGUUUCCAAAGACCAAAGUCGGAAAUGAACGUUGCUUGUGGCGUUCCCCGCUUUGCUCUCCAUACUAAACUGGAAACGGAGACAUAUCUGAGAGACGACACCAUAUUCCUGAGAGUUGCUGUGGACUCUUCUAAUGCACAAACUUUGUACUGAACAUUAGGUCCCUGUUUCAAAUACUUUGCAGACAAUAGACGCCUCCAUCAACCAAUCAAACCUUUUGAACUUUUGAAAGUAAAGAGAUGCUCUAGUUUGUGACAUAGGCGCCUGCAGUUAAAAUGUGUUAAAUGUUCUUUACAUGCAUGAAGUAAGAUAAUACUUAAUAGGUUCCAAAAACCCUUGUCCUAUAGCUCUACAGUAUAAACCGAUCAUCGAAUACUAAUGAAGUUUGUUAUCGAAACACAUUCUCUGAUGUCUGUGUCCUGGAUAAGACAAAGCAGUAUUCACAGAGAUGACUUGACCGUUUACAACGAUGUGAAGUGGCAAGGAGUAAUACGUUCGGCAUACCCUGCUUGGUUCUAUAUUUAGGCUCAAUUUAGUGGCAUAUCUCUGAGAUGAAAAACGGUUUAUCUACAACUAUAGUAUGCGUAAUUUUGUUUUGUAUUUUAUCUCGUUGCGAAAGCUAAAAUCAUAUGAAGACUUGACAAACCAUGCGUGUUCAACAUGUACAUAAUGCCGUCACCGUAAUUCAAAAUGCACCAUCGUUCAAUAGUACUUGUGUUAAUUGAAUAUACUAUUCAACUAUAAUGUAUUGACUUAUCACCGACAUCGCCUUUAUAAUAUAUUGUGUAUGUGCGUGUGUGUGUGAGUUUACAUUUAUAAGUGGUAAUUAUACUAAACAAUAUAUAUUCUUUAUCAAAUAUCUUCUUGACCAUCGAAAAAAGGAUACGUACUGGUCCGGUAUAUCUGCCUGUGUACUGAUAUUAAUUGUUUUAAUUUUCCGAUUUGUGUGAGUGUUGGCGGUAUACAUAUUUACAAUGUGACAUUAUUUAAAUUUUAUUUAUUUACUUGAUUACUUAAUAUACAUUCAUGUUGAACUGUUGUAUAGUUCAUGCAGCUCGUGCAUGCAUGUAGUUUUAUGCAUGUUUGAUUUACAAUACUGCGGACAAUACUCUUUUUGGGUUAAUAUUUUAAUAGUUUUUAAAACUUAUAAAGUAAUUGAAUAUCACCUAACAGUAUUAUAUGAAGUGCAAAAUAUACUUUUUAUAACCGAAUAUUGCUUGACAGACAAUGUAGAAUGCAUGCAGUGAAAGGUAAGUAUACAAUUUUAUUUAAUUACUUGAUUUAAAAUAAAAUAAAUCAACGUGUUAAUGGAACAU